ACUGCUCCUACGGUAAAUAUUUGUGUUUGCUCAACCGGCUGUAAUGGUGGACGACUGAGACCGACAAGAUAGGAAUAAAACCACGAAUAUAGAAGUACAGGCACAACACUACGAGCCGCGAGUAGGAAUUAAGCUUCGGCGCAAAAUGGAUGAACUCAAACACCAAGUAAUGAUUAACCAGUUCGUCUUGACAGCGGGUUGUGCGGCAGAUCAGGCGAAACAGCUUUUGCAAGCGGCACAUUGGCAAUUUGAGACUGCACUCAGUGCCUUUUUUCAAGAAACGAAUAUUCCAUACGGUCACCAUCAUCAAAUGAUGUGCACCCCAGCCAACACACCGGCGACCCCGCCUAACUUCCCCGACGCCCUCACCAUGUUCUCCCGGCUGAAGGCCUCGGAGAGCUUCAACAGCAGCAGCCCCAUGGCCUCCACGGCGACCUCCCCCCCUCCUCCACAGGCCUGCUGGGGCGUGCCCCCACCCCCCAUGCCCAUGAGCGGCCCACAGGGUCAGGGACUCUGGACUCAGGGGCAGCCCCCCUCGCACCCCGCCGCCUGGCCCACGGGGGUCAACGUCAGCCCCCACAACCACCCACACCCGGCUGCAGAGCAGAAGGCAAGCGUGGCCAUGGAGGCCGAGAGAUGAGGGGCGGGACCGGACAGCCCUGUGGGGGGCGGGGGGGGGGUCUCCAAUCGAGGACGGGAGGGUGGAGACCAAGAGCUACACAAACCAAGAAACCAAGGAGACCAUGAAAUUAAAUGGAAAACGAUAAAAUGAAAAAGAAGCGCACACAAACGGUAAUAAGAAUAGAGCAACUGAAAUGGUUACGGUUGACGUUCCCUCUCUCAGCAUAGAUAAAUGUAUGAAACAAAAAAUCGUCAUGCCCAAGGAUUAUACUUGUAAUGUUUUCUGAGACAAGGACUUCAACGGCAGUUUCUUCUCUCUUUUUUUCUUCUCAUCUUUUCAUCUGUCCAUCCAGUGUUUUUCCUCUACUGGGGACCUGUGUUUGUGCUGCAUGGGGAGAGAGGAUCUGCCAGAGCAGUGUUUUACUCCAGUACACUAAUCACAAACAUGUGUCAGUGUGCAGUAUAUAACUAACACACACACACACACAAACACCCACAUAGACAUUCAACUACCGAUUAGAAGAAGCAACAACAUAAUUUUCAUUGCCCAUCGCAGGGUGGACUCUUCUUACCUCACCUUGUGGUCACCUGAGUUUUUUCAGCCUAUCAGGGAUUCUGAACUGUUUGACAACGCAGGACAUUUUUUUAAACCAAUUGUGAUUUUUCAGCUCUGGUAUUAGCUCAUAAUAAUGAUGAUGAUGAUACUGUUCACUGCUAUAGCUUUUUUUUCCUACAAGGGGUGAUGUCUUAUUGACCUGGACUGGAAGAUCGAUGCAAUGGUUUUCAGAUUUGGGUAUUAUAAACUGUGUAUAUAUAUAUAUAUUAUAUAUAUACAUACAGUGGGGAGAACAAGUAUUUGAUACACUGCCAAUUUUGCAGGUUUUCCC